AUGCCCCUGCUGUCCAGCUCCAUGGGCCUGGCAGGACUGCUCCUCUGUGUAGGCCAAACAGUGGGGGCUUUGAUAAUGCCCCAAAUUACUCUGGCUCUGGCCCAGGCCAAGGGCACAGCUGUGCAGCCCCUGGGUGGCCUGGGGGUGCCCCGGUACCGCCGGAAGCGCCACAUCUCUGCCCGAGACGUGACUGCCCUUCUGGACUAUCACAACCACAUCCGAGCCAGCGUGUACCCACCUGCCGCCAACAUGGAGUACAUGGUCUGGGACGAGAGACUGGCCAGGUCUGCUGAGGCCUGGGCCACCCAGUGCAUCUGGGCCCACGGGCCCUCACAGCUGAUGAGACAUGUGGGCCAGAACCUCUCCGUCCAUUCUGGCCGGUUCCGCUCGGUGGUAGAUCUUGUGAGAUCUUGGUCGGAGGAAAAGCGGCAUUACUCGUUUCCAGCCCCGAGGGACUGCACACCCCACUGCCCCUGGCGCUGCAGAGGCCCCGUCUGUUCUCACUACACCCAGAUGGUGUGGGCAUCCUCCAGUCGGCUGGGCUGUGCCCUGCACACCUGCAGCAGCAUCGACGUGGGGGGCAGCACCUGGCACCGGGCAGUGUACCUGGUCUGCAACUACGCUAUCAAGGGCAACUGGAUCGGCCAGGCACCUUACAAGAUGGGGAAGCCUUGCUCCUCCUGCCCCCCAAGUUACCAAGGCAACUGCAACAGCAACAUGUGCUUCUUGGGGCUCAAAUCCAACCGGCUGCUGUGGAUCUGA